UGCCUUCUAUAUAUACUGAUGCAAAGCCUAUGUCUUCAUAGAGUAUGAAGAGGGUUAAAGACAGAGUUAAUUAUUUAAAAUAUUAUUCCGUUAUUUUCUCAAAAUGAGCAAUUUAUGUAGGCUGGGAUAUCAUAAAUCACUCAUAGUAUGGAUCCUGUGCACAUACCGAAAGAGCGUUGUUUAAUCAAUAUCGGGCACAAAUAAUUAUAUCUGACAACAUUUCAAAAUGCAACACUAGCCAGUUUAACUUAGCCUUUCAUAAUAUUAUUUUCUAAAAUUGGUGUUGUCGAUUGGCAGGGUGUUUGGCUACACAACACCCCAUCUUCCAUGAACCUCUGCUGCUGCUGUUGCACUUGCUCUUUGGCAUCGGUUCCUCAAAUGAGACAGAAUAUUACGCUGGUCUUAUUGGUGGGUAGUUACAUCUCAUGGUUGGAUACUUCAUGUUCACUCAUCUCAGCAACAUUGACAGUAGUACAUUUCCGUUCAGCCAGCCUUGAAGGUGUGCUGGAGUUGCAGGCUGAAGCUUUUUGCAGCUUCUCCAUCAAUUUCAAUAAAACUAUUUUUUUUUGUUUUAACAAGUGAUCAACAAGUCCAUCUCAUUCAUUUCCCCCCUGACUUUUACUCACCCGUAUGGUCACAUUGUGUAAAAGGCUCUAUAUUGCAUUAUUUGAUAUGUUAUCUGGCUCAUUUAAAGGUAAACAAUCACAAAAAUCGCUAAGAGUACAUUUAAGUGAUAGGCACAUGACAUGAAAAAGAAAUCAACAUAAAGAGCCUUCGCAGAGUAUCUUUAAUCAUUGAUUAAAAAGUGUUGCUGCGCACCGAUUGGCCUUUUAUUCCUCUCUGGAAUGGCGGGCGCCCCUCAAGUUUGACACUCGUGACGUCACAGCUAAGACCUCUAAUUCUAUCUCUAACCUCUUUGUUCAGGACAAAUAGCACACCAUUUUGUAACGAAUAAUUCGAUUGGCUACGGAUCGCACUCUCGAGUUUUUGGGACCAGGAAAGGGCUAGCCUAAGACAACUCUUUUUUCCCUGAGGUUGCCUAGUACCUUAGUUAGGCAUUAGGCGUUAACUCUUCUUGCAUCCAACAAGAAGCUGCUGGGCUAAGCUGGCACUGCGGGGCAGAAUCUGAUCUGAAUCUGUUGCAGCUUGGAACUUGGUACAUUGCUGACUAGAUUAGCAGAAUCUAGAUAAUAUCUAGAUCCAGUCAGCUAGGCCAACUUCAAACUGGAGACUUGAGACUCUAUACACGAGCCAUCCAUCUGCCGUAUUAUUUUAUGCCGUGCGUCCGGUUAACGACUGCUCUCAACUGUCUCAACAAGUUCCCGAUUUGCUGUAAAGUCAAUGGAUCUGUUCGGUGAUUUGCCCGAGCCUGAACAAAGCAAAAAAGCCACAGAUGAUCAGGAUAGUGGUCAGGAUACCAAUACAAGAAAGAGCAAUGUAGAUGUCAAAGAGGCAGUGUCUGAAGUAUGUGUUGGAGAAAAACGUAAACUGCCUUGGGAUGCGACUUCUACUUCUACUGAGGAAAAUGGUGGGAGCCAUAAGAAGCUCGACGUGGCUAAAGAAUCCAAGUGCAGGUACAGGCUGAAGGGUUAUGUCGCCGAUCGCCAGGGGGAGAGGGAGGACAUGCAGGAUGCCCAUGUCAUCAUCGAUGACUUAAAGCAGAGCAUGCCAGACGUUCAUAGCUCCAUCCACCGCCUGUGUGUGUAUGCUGUAUUUGAUGGGCACGGAGGGAUUCGAGCUUCCAGGUUCGCAUCUCAGCAUUUGCUCAAUAAUCUGCGUGAUAAAUUCCCCAAGGGUGAUGUGACUCAAGUGGAGAAGGAAAUCAAGAAAGUGCUGAGAGAUGCCUUCAAGAAAACGGAUGAGGAUUUUCUGAAGGAAGCAACCAAAAAUAAACCAUCAUGGAAGGAUGGGACAACUGCAGUAAUGGUGGUUGGCAUCAACGACACUUUGUACAUUGCCAACCUCGGAGAUAGCAAGGCUAUCCUCUGUCGUUACAAAGAGAGUGAAGGCAAACACGUGGCCAUCCCGCUCACUGCUGACCACAAUCCCACAGUUUACGAGGAGCGGAUGAGGAUUCAAAAAGCUGGAGGCUUUGUCAAAGAGGGUCGAGUGAUGGGUCAGCUGGAGGUGGCCAGGUCUAUCGGGGACGGGCCAUACAAAAACCACGGUGUCACCUGUGUGCCCGACAUCAGGCGCUGUCAGCUUACAGAGAACGACAGGUUCCUCAUGAUUGCAUGCGACGGACUGUGGAAAAUCUACACAGCUGAAGAAAGCAUUCAAACUGCCCUGAAUGUCUUAGAGGAUAAGAAGACAGAGGGUACAGAGCGGAAGUCGGCGGAGGACGUGAGGUACGACCUUGCCUGCAGUCGUCUGGCCAGCUCUGCGGUGCUGCGACUCAGCGGUGACAACGUGACCGUCAUGUUGGUCUCUGUCAACCAGCUUGGCGAGGACAGCUGAGAUUUCUCCAGACGGUGCUUCUAUCUAUCGUCAGUCAGCUGUUAUAAAUGUACUAAGCCCAGAAUUUUGAACUUUAAAAAUAAAAUGCAGUUUUUUAAA